AUGUCGUCGGAAAAACACGGUCUCGAUGACUCUGGCCGUCAGACCAUGCAGCCUCCUCCGUACCUCCCUGGCCCGCAGGACCCGAACGUGCCCCAGCACCCCAACAUGCAGCCUGCGCCGGGCACCCAACCCAACUACCCUCCUCCGCCUCCUCCCCCGGGCUCAGAGGGAUAUCUCCAAGAAACCCAGUUCCACUGCGGCACGCUGGGACCCCAGGGCGCACCGCAGGGCUACACGGUCCAGACCCAGGCCCCUGGAGGCACCAUGCCUCACCCCCCUGUAGGAUACCUCCAUCCGGGCUACCCGCUACAGCUGCAGCCCUGCACAGCUUACGUACCCGUCUACCCCAUGGCAUCGGGUCAGCCCUACAUGCCGGCCGGGGGAGGCCACCCAGGGAUCCCACCGGGCCAGAUUCAUCCCAUGCAAAUGCCAGCCAGCAUUACCCUAAUGGACCGCCGGCCACCACACGACUACCUGCCCAUCGCUGUGCUCACCACCGUCUGCUGCUUCUGGCCGACAGGCAUCAUUGCGAUCAUCAAAGCAGUGCAGGUGCGCACGGCGAUAGCCAGAGGGGACAUGGUGACGGCGGAAAUAGCCUCCCGCGAGGCGCGCAACUUCUCCUUCAUCAGCCUGGCUGUCGGCAUCGCCUCCAUUGUGCUGUGCACCAUCCUCACCGUGGUAGUCAUCAUCGCCUCGCAGCACCACGACGACGACUGGGAGCCGUAA